AUGCAUCUCUACCACCCACCACCCUUCGCAGCCGCAAACAAUCCGCACCUAACAAAUGCGCCAGACUCUUACCUCGACUAUCCCUAUAAUUGUUGCGGCCGCACCACACCUUUCCCCUGCAAAGGGUACCUAAACCAUUUGAACACACCACAGGGCCAAUCCGUUGCCUCCUGGGCUGCGGGGUCGCAACAAAAUUUUAGUCUCACAGGUACAGGGAACCAUUACGGUGGCUCAUGCCAGGUCGGGUUCAGUGUCGACAAAGGCGCGACAUGGAAAGUAGUAAAGAGUUUUGAAGGCAAUUGCCCGUAUCGGAACGGCGGGACGGACCCGGAGAAGCAGACGUUUGAAUUUACGGUCCCCAGAGACACACCGGUUGGCGUACAAGUAUUUGCGUGGACGUGGAUUAACCGGGAGAGGGAAUUUAAUAUGCUUUGUGCGGCAGUUAAGAUCACUGGAGCGGAAAAAAGGGGUCGGAAGCAAGAUUUUGUGUCACGUUCAGAUUCUGGGCGUAGGAGCGGGCGCCACCAGUAUCGUCAGCGAGAUACAGGCUCCUGUACAUGUACAUGUGGUGGUGGUAGUUCGAGCGACACCAGCAGCAAUGGUGCUUCAGCGACGACGCUACCAGCAGUGCCUUUCAAUGACCGCCCAAGCUUCCUCUUUGCGAAUAUCGAUAACGGGUGCCAGACACCCAUGACGAAUUUCGAAGUCAAGUAUCCGAACCCGGGCCCUGAUGUGGUUCAGGGUGACGGGGAGUAUCAGCUGAAGUUGCCAGAGCCAGCGGAUAAGUGUAACUAA